UUUAACCUUUGACCCCUGACCUCAUUUGAAUCCCACAUGGUUGCAGCAGGAGCUCCGGCAUGCCUGAGUUAAGAGCUGGAACACAGAAAAACAGCGAAAUGAGUAAAGUUAAAUCGAAGAAACGAAACGUCGAGGAAGACGAGGAAAAUCUCUUCACUACAGACGGCGGUCAUCUGGAUGACAGUGAUGAAGGGAAUGAUGAUCUCUCGGACAGUGAGGAGAGUGUCUUCUCCGGGCUUGAAGACUCUGGAAGUGAUGAUGAGAGUGAUGAUGAUGAUGAUGAUGAUGAGGCAGAAGAGGCAGAUGUCAAUGAAAACGGAAAGAGUGAAGCAGAGAGCAGUGAGACUUCCACCAAAACUGCAGGCAAAACUCAGGAUCAGAAGGUUAAGAGCAGAAAGCUGCAGAAGGAAAAGCAAGCGGCUGAAGCAGAAGGGAAGCGUGUGAAAUCGAGUGGAUCUGCUCAGGUGGAUGAGUACGAUCAGGACACUUCAGAUGAAGAGGACAUCCGCAACACUGUGGGUAACAUUCCAAUGGAAUGGUACAAAGAUUAUCCCCACAUCGGCUAUGACCUGGAUGGCAAAAAAAUAAUCAAACCGAUCAGGAGUAAGGAUGAGCUUGACGAAUUCCUAGACAAGAUGGAGAACCCUGAUUACUGGCGCACUGUCCAUGAUAAGAUGACUGGCACAGAUAUCCGACUAUCCGACGAGCAGGUGGAUCUGGUGCACCGCCUCCAGCAAGGCAAAUUUGGUGAUGUUAACUUCAACGAGUAUGAGCCUGCAAUCGACUUUUUCUCCAAUGAAGUGAUGAUCCAUCCGGUGACCAACAGGCCUGAGGACAAGCGCAGCUUCAUUCCAUCUCUCAUUGAGAAAGAGAAGGUAAGCAAGCUGGUUCAUGCUAUAAAGAUGGGCUGGAUUAAGCCACGCAGGCCCAAAGACACCACACCUCAGUACUACGACCUGUGGGCACAAGAGGACCCCAACGCUAUUCUGGGGCGCCACAGAAUGCACAUUCCUGCCCCAAAGAUGAGACUGCCGGGUCACGAGGAGUCCUACAAUCCUCCUCCAGAGUAUCUGCUCACAGAGGAAGAGAAGCUGGCAUGGGAGCAGCAGGACCCAGAGGACCGCAAGCUGAACUUCCUGCCGCAGAAAUACCCCUGUCUCCGUGCUGUCCCCGCCUUCUCACGCUUCAUCCAUGAGCGAUUCGAGCGCUGCCUUGACCUCUACCUGUGUCCUCGUCAGCGCAAAAUGAGAGUCAAUGUGAACCCAGAGGACCUGAUCCCCAAGCUGCCCAAACCCAAAGACCUGCAGCCGUUCCCCACCACACAGUCGCUGGUGUACCGCGGUCACUCCAGUCUGGUUCGCUGCAUCAGCGUGUCCCCCAGCGGGCAGUGGCUGGUAUCAGGCUCAGACGACUGCACCGUUCGCUUCUGGGAAGUGAGUACAGCUCGCUGCCUGAAAACGGUGGAGGUGAGCGGGGCUGUGAAGAGUGUGGCCUGGAGUCCAAACCCUGCCGUGUGUCUGGUAGCUGUCACCUAUGGUGAGACUGUAGUGCUGAUUAACCCUGGGCUUGGAGAUCGUCUGAUCUGCAGUGCCACUGAUCAGCUCAUCUCAUCCUACGAGGAGCAGGAGGAGGCCAAGGAGCAGGCCGUGCAAUGGGCCGUCGCUGAGGGCAAAGAUCACGAUCAGGGACAACGGCUCAUUCUCACACACCCCAAGGCUGUGAGACAGGUGACCUGGCAUGGGAAAGGUGACUACCUGGCCUGUGUCAUGCCCGAUGACGGCAGUAGUCUGCAGGUGUUGAUCCACCAGGUUAGCAAGCGGCGCACGCAGAACCCCUUCCGCAAGAACAAGGGCAUGGUGCAGUGCGUCUCCUUCCAUCCCAUCCGGCCCUACUUCUUUGUGGCCACACAGCGCUACGUCCGCAUCUACAACCUCAUCAAACAGGAGCUCAGCAAGAAGCUCAUGACCAACUGCAAGUGGAUCUCUAGCAUGGCUGUGCACCCGGGAGGUGACAACGUGAUCUGCGGCAGCUACGACUGUCGACUGGCCUGGUUUGACCUGGAUCUGUCUACAAAGCCGUAUAAAGUGCUCCGGCAUCAUAAGAAGGCUCUGAGGAGCGUGGCCUACCACAAGCACUACCCUUUGUUUGCCUCUGGAUCAGAUGAUGGCAGCGUUGUUGUCUGUCAUGGGAUGGUGUACAAUGACCUGCUGCAGAAUCCCCUCAUCGUCCCAGUCAAAGUUCUGAAAGGUCACACCAUCACGCAUGACUUAGGGGUGCUUGACGUGGCUUUCCACCCCACCCAGCCCUGGGUCUUCUCCUCCGGGGCAGAUGGAACAGUCCGUCUCUUUACCUAGUCAUCACCUUCUGUCUGUAGUUUAGUGAUUAAGUGAUUUUUAAACUGUACAAGUUUUAGUACAUCUUGUUACUCCUAGAAAAUGUACGUGCUCAGAAUAAAUUUUUUUGACUUGUCAAGUUUUUUAUAAAAAAAAAUGAAUAAAUAAAAAGAAAGAAAUGAAAUAUCAGGCGAAUUUGAGAAGUUGAGCGCUUUCUCGAGUGCGUGAAGCAGAAGCGUGUCGGAUUCCUCCAGCCUAGCCCUGAAUGAGCGAGCGGUCCUGAAGGCCUUUUCCCACACUGGGCCGAGCAGCUGUCUCACGGUGAAUCAAGACUGAACCUCUAAUCCUUGGACAAGGAGACAACUCAUGAAAAAGUAUAUGUUCAACUAUUAGUCAUGCCAAAAGAAACAACAAAGAACAGAGUUAAAGCUGUGCGCUUCAGGAGUCCUGUUCCUCCCAAGCUCAUUUUUCAAUUAAACCCUUGUUUUACGUCCUGAUUUUAAAAUGCUGUUCAGUUAUUUGCCAGUAUUCGUGAUCAGGCACACUGCAUGGAGUCAUUAAACAUGUUGAGUUGUGAAACAUUGACUGAGUGAAUUUCUGAGAAACGUUAUUUUUAAUUAAACCUGUUGUUCCUUCAA